UUGAUUGGACCGUAAAACCCAAUUCACAAGAAGACCAGGCGACAAACGACGAGGCCGAUGCAAUGCCUUCAACGGCCGUCUUCUUCACUCCUCGCCUCACUUGUCUCAUCUGUCCCUCCUCUCGUUCAUCUCCACCUUCACUCGUCAGAAGAUACGACUCAAUUUCUCUCCCUCAUUUGCCAACAGAUAAUUUUCGGUGCAGAAAAAACGGGAUUAGGUUUGGGAACAUUGCAAGAGGGAAAUCCAUUAUUGUUGCUCCAUUGAAGGUAGCUUCCUACUUGCCCAAUUCAGAUAGUUCCCCUGGGAAAAAGUUGGUAUCUUCUAUAUCGCCUAGUUCAGAAGUUAAGAGUGCAGAGAGUAUAGAAGAGUAUACAGUUCUUAGGAAGUUAGAGCCCUCUGGAAGGAUCAAUUUGGACCCAUUCCGUGGAAAAUCGGGUUGUGUUUCUUUCUGUGGAUUGAGUCACCAACUCGUUGAAGCGAGGAAUUUGGUUUCUUCUCCUUUCGAGGAUGGAAAGGGUUCUAUAUUAUGGAUAGCAGCUCCACUUGCAUUGAUUUCGUCGUUGCUGCUUCCACAGUUUUUUAUUAACAAUUCUAUUGAAGUAUUUGUGAAGAAUGAAGUUUUGAAAGAUAUUGUUACAUUUUUCUCCGCAGAGAUCAUAUUUUACAUUGGACUUGGUAUCUUUCUAUCAAUUACUGAUCACGUACAACGUCCCUACAUUGACUUUAGCCCAAAACAAUGGAGUCUCAUCACCGGCCUCAAAGGAUACUUGUCUUCCGCAUUCUUCGCCAUGGGCGUCAAAGUAGUUGCUCCUAUUGCCGCCGUGUAUGUUGUUUGGCCUGUCAUCGCCCUCCCAGCUGCGGUUGCGGUGGCGCCAUUUCUUCUCGGAUGUGCCGUCCAAUUUGCAUUUGAGCUUCACCUUGACAAACGACAAUCCUCCUGCUGGCCCGUCCUGCCGAUCAUCUUCGAGGUUUACAGAUUGUAUCAGUUGAGUAGAGGAUCAUACUUUCUUGAGAAGUUGAUGUUCUCAAUGAAGGGAGCCCAAAUGACACCGAAGGUAAUUGAAAGGGGAAACGCUUUAUUUUCCUUGGUUGUUCUUUUUCAGAUCCUUGCAGUUGUUUCUUUGUGGUCCUUGGCUACUUUUCUUCUAAGGCUUUUCCCCUCCAGGCCAGUGGCAGAAAACUACUGAAUUCUCAUAGUGUAAGUCUUCUUACAGUUUUGUUGUUUCUUUAGCUGUUUUAGUUUCAUGGUGACAAAACAGAUGGAAAUUAGAAUGGUGGAAAUGACCCCCAGUGGUGAUAAUCAUUAAAUUUGUUGUUUACCAGCUUAAUUUGUUUAGAAUCUGUGCAUUUAUGUAUCUAUGCAUGAAUUUAUAAUUUAUAACGUUAUUGAUUGUUCAAUAUAUGCUGCGGCAAUGCGCAGCGCAUGAACUGCAGUAA